AUGACUACUUCUGCUGCUGAUCCUAAUCCUACUAAGAAUUAUAAGCCAGAUGAUGAUGACAAAGCUCUACAGAUUGUGGCUUACAUGUUUGCUGGUCUAGCUAUGAUGCUUAAUAUUAGGCUUUCAUACAGUGCUGCACCAUUUGCCUUGUUAAGGUUUAAGUUACCUGAGAAUCUUUUCAGUGUAUUUGUUAGAAGAAUUGCUAGUGCGCUAGAGCUUUGGUGUCUGCCUAGCAUUGCCGUUGGUAAUAUUGUGGAUAUGGCCAUGAAACUCUGUACAACAGAAAAGGCCACCUACGACAACAGCUUCCCUGCUAAGCUCAAAGACAACACUGAUGAAGAAAAGCUCAUCCAUACCAAAUGGAUCAAGUUCAACUGCAUCAUUGUUCCUUCCAUCCUGAAUAUGUGCUCCGGCGGCAGCAGCAGCAGCGGUCGUCUAACCGCUAGUACCAAAUACAAUAGUCUCAAAGAUUCUGAUGACAAUGGUCGUCAUGCCCGACAACUCUGGCAUAUACUCCCUUCCGAUCAGUAUGAUCCUAACGAUAAACCUCACCCAGAAAUAGUUUCUCCUGCACUUAUGGUUAUUGUUGGUAUGGGUCUAGUUUAUGCUAUUUAUCCUGGUAUUGCACCUGGUAUGAUUGUACCAUUCUAUCUCAUUGAUAAAAUCGAGAUGGUACUCCUCAUUGCUACAAUAUUUCCUCCGGUCAUUGUUUCCACACUAAUCAGAGUCCCUGCUACUCAGCCGUAUUCACCUAAAUCCGCAAACCAAUACGAAACACCAGGACGUACAACAAAACCAUUUGGAGGGUGGAGGCACUAUCACCUGACUGACGCAGCCCAAGACACCACUCGUGCUGAUACCUAUAAUACGUUCUGGCAUUUCAUUGAUGUCAUGAUUAUCCUUAAGAUAUCUCUUGCAGCAAUAUUUAUUUAUUCUUUGCAUUAUAGAGUGACCAAAUUGAAUGUGGUAGUUAAUUGGGAUUAUUUGGUUUUCUUCUCAAUGUUUUUAUUAUGA